AUGGAUUCUAAUACUUCUUAAAAUAUGAUGUUAAAUAUGAGAGAAUAAUUUAGAUAAGAAAUAAGGAAAAAAGAUUAAGAAUCCUUUUUUUAAAGGAAAAGAUUGUAAUUCUAAUUAUCUUCUAAAUUACCUGAUAUAUAGUUUGAUUAAUUAAUUCCUCAAUUAAAAGAAUGUUUAUAAUAAAAGAAUGUAGUUCAAUUAGGAUUGAUUCAUUAAGUGAUAUUUAAACAAAUAAAUGAUAAUUAGUAAAAUGAAGUUUAUUUUAUAAAUAAUCACUACUUGGAGCUCUGCAUAUAAUCUAUAUAAUUAGGUUAAUUAGUAUGUUAUCAAGUAUUAACAAAUUUAUGUUUAAAUUCAUCAUUUCCAAACAAUCCUAUUAGUUAGACAUUAAUUAAAUAAGCAAUGAAUUUAAUUAUUCAAGCAAACUUAGAGUUCGAAAAUGUAUUUUAUAGUAAUAUAAUAGAAAGUAUAAAAUAGAUCAAAUAUCUAAUAAAAUAGUGAUUACUCUUUAAAUUAAGUUCUAGAAAUUGAGUAGAAAAGUAAAUUUAUGGAAAAUCUUGAAAAUUCAUACAAGUUCAUAUUCUUUUUUCUUGGAAACAUGAUAUCAUAAUAUAGAUUGUCAUUUAUGAAUUUGCUUCCUAAUUUAUUACAAUUUGUUUAAAUAGCAGAAGGAUAAUUGUUAACAAGUAUAAUAUUUUUGUUGAAUUCUCUAAUUGAACAUUAAUAAAUUGAUUCAAAUUAAAAAUUUAUUGGUCUUAAGAUUGUUGUUUAGGCUUUAAAAAAAGAGUAAUGUGAAGAAUAUUUAAUGCCAUUAGGUCGAUUAUAUGAUUCUUAAUUUGAUGAGUUAUUAUUAGAAUCAAAUGUUUUUGAAACAAUAAUCAAUCAUGAAUGUACAAUGAUGGAUAAAUGUUUAGUUAUAAUAAAGUAGUUCACUUUAUCAGAUACAUUAGUAGUUGCACAUGUAUAAGUUUUAAUUAAUAUUAGAAAUUAUUAGAUUUAAAAAUAUUAGAUAAAUUAUAAUAGAAUUUAAGUAAUAAAUCAUAAAGCAUAAGAAAAGAAAGUUAUUUAAUUUUAACAAAUUUAAGUUAUAAUGAUAAUAAUGCUGCAAUAAAGAUAAUUACUCAUCCAAUACUUUUCAAGAUUAUUGAAAAUAUUAUAGCUUCACCAAAUGAAAAGAGUUAUUGUAUGAGUAUAAUUUUGAAUUUACAAGCAACAGGAGAUGAAAUAGUAUCAAAAAAGUUAUUAGAUUUAGGAUUUGUUUAAAUAAUUUGUAGUUUAUUAGAUGUUAAUGAAAUUGGAUUAAUAAAAUAGUUCUUAGAUUCAAUAUUAAGAUUAUUAAAUUCUUAAAAUAUAAAGGAAUAAUUGAGAUAAUAAAAUUUGAAAUUAAAAUUAGACAAGAUAUUAUAAGAAUUUAAUGAUAAUAUGAUUUAAGAAUUACAUGAAAAGAUUCUUUAAUUAUUGUGA